AUCUAUCAUACUGUGACAGUAUUGAAGGAGCAGUUGUACCAAACUGGAUGACAGAGAAGUCCCUCUAUUCAUCACUAGAUGAGCUCAAAAGCUUGGUUAAACGAGUGCUUUCUUGGGAUAUUCGACCAAUAUCACAACGAAAUCGCCCUCAUGAUAAUCUCCUAAAGAUAGGAAAUGGUUACUCCUUUGAUAAUGCUUCAGAUUCGGAUGAUUCCCAAGAUGGAGAAGCUUCUGGGCAUGAAUGUGAAGUGGCUGCUUCUGGAAAGAUAAUAUGUCACUUGAUUUUGGAGGGAAUGGACUUCUCUUACAAAAUUGAUUGCAGUGGCAAUGUGAUUGUAGAGAGAGUCCAUCUGUCAUCUGGCAUCCCAUUUGGUAAUCCAAACUGUAGCAAUCACUUGAUGUGAAAAGACAAACUAAUAUCAUU